AGGGAGCUGGGACUCCGGAAGUCUUCAUCCAGAUACAGUGUGUCAAAGGAUUUCAGGGCAGCUGGCCUGCUCUUGCUGCUCCAAACCACCGAUCUGUCCGUAACCUCUGGAGUGGGCACCACAGACUAGAAGCUAUCUGCAAGGUGAGGGCCAAAGACGCUGCGUUAACCAUCCAUAAUCUUCUGGGGGUACAACCCCUAAAAACAGCACACCCACCAUGUUUAACCUCAUGAAGAAAGAUAAAGACAAAGAUGGCGGGCGGAAGGAGAAGAAGGAGAAAAAGGAGAAGAAAGAGCGGAUGUCAGCCGCAGAACUGCGGAGCCUGGAAGAGAUGAGCAUGCGCCGAGGCUUCUUCAACCUGAACCGCUCCUCCAAGCGAGAAUCCAAGACGCGUCUGGAAAUCUCCAACCCCAUCCCUAUCAAGGUGGCCAGCGGCUCUGACCUGCACCUGACUGACAUUGACUCUGACAGCAAUCGGGGCAGCAUCAUCCUGGACUCAGGCCACCUAAGCACAGCCAGCUCCAGUGAUGACCUCAAGGGUGAGGAAGGCAGCUUCCGGGGCUCUGUGCUGCAGCGGGCAGCCAAGUUCGGCUCACUGGCCAAACAGAACUCUCAGAUGAUUGUCAAACGUUUUUCCUUCUCCCAACGGAGCCGGGAUGAGAGUGCCUCAGAGACCUCCACCCCCUCAGAGCACUCUGCAGCCCCAUCACCUCAGGUAGAGGUGAGGACGCUUGAGGGACAGCUAAUGCAGCAUCCUGGGCUAGGCAUUCCUCGACCAGGACCACGGUCUCGAGUCCCUGAGCUGGUGACUAAAAGAUUCCCAGCCGACCUACGUCUCCCCGCUGUGGUGCCCCCGCCGCCUCCUGCUCUCCGGGAGCUGGAGUUACAACGACGACCCACAGGAGACUUUGGCUUCUCACUUCGGCGUACAACCAUGCUGGACCGGGCCCCUGAGGGUCAGGCCUAUCGACGGGUGGUUCACUUCGCUGAGCCAGGUGCAGGCACCAAGGACCUGGCCUUGGGGCUGGUGCCAGGAGAUCGACUGGUGGAGAUUAACGGACAGAAUGUGGAGAAUAAGUCCAGGGAUGAAAUUGUGGAGAUGAUCCGGCAGUCUGGGGACAGUGUGCGGCUCAAAGUACAGCCCAUCCCAGAGCUUAGUGAGCUGAGCCGGAGCUGGCUGCGGACUGGCGAGGGACACCGCAGGGAGCCGGCUGAUGUUAAAGAGGAGGACAAAACUCUGCCAAAACCUGGCUCUCCUGGCAAAGAGGAAGGGGCUCUAGAGGGCAGCAGUAAGGACAGCAGUGGGCCGCCUACAAGUCCUCAGCCUGCCACCAGCCCUGUACCCUCAGAGACUUCCCAGAGAGCAAAGAGCCCCGAAGCCACACUCACUAUGAAUGGCCUGGGGGCUGCCUCCACCGCAAAUGAAGAGGCCCCAGGUCUGUCCCGGAAGCGGGUGGCGAAUGCAAUGAGGAAGGUGGUAAGCAAGGUACUGCCUGGUGACGAGGAGCCUGGGAAUGCCAAGGAGCCUCCGGGCCGAGGAGCCAAGUCCCCUGAGCACCCGCCUCGUGGCAAGAAGGGAGAAAAGGCAGCCUCUAGUCCCAAGCCCCCGCCGCCACCGCCUCCUCCUCCUGCUCCACCAAAGCCUGAAGCGAAGAAGGAGGCAGUUAAGGAUGAGCUCUCUAUGGGCCUGCGCAGUCUGAUGUCUCGGGGCCGAGGCAAGGACCACAAGUCCCGCAGCAAGCAGCCUCCUGGGAGAGGAGAGAAGGCCCCGAGCCAGGAGCCAGGCUCCCCAGAAAAGCCAGGCUCCCCAGAUGUGGUGGAUGCCCCAAAGAAAGCAGGAUCCCCAGCCAAGCCGGAAACCCCAAAUAAGCAGUGUUCCCCAGCCCCGGCACAAGAGCUGGUUGACCCAGACUCGGCUGGCCCGAAGUCAAAUGCCUCUGGAGAGCAGCAGGCCAACUCACCAGCCUUGGGUGUGCGGCAGGAGACAGGAGCUGACCCUGAGGUCCGGCUGAGUCCCGCAGAGGAGGCACACCAACGACUUGAGAGGAUCUUCACAGCUUCUCUGGACCCUGAGGCCGCCUCUCCUGCCCACAGCCAGGUAGGGUGCUCCUGCCCCACCCAGGAGCCCUCUGCUUUCUCCGGUGACAACCCACCACCCCCAUCUUACACCUGGGCAGGCAUCUGUGCUCGGGCCUCCUGCUGGAGUGCCAAGACAGAAGACCAGAUUGCAGCUGAAGAGGCCUGGUAUGAGACGGAGAAGGUGUGGCUGGUCCAUAAGGAUGGGUUCUCCCUUGCCAGCCAGCUCAAGUCGGAGCAGCUCAGCCUACCUGAGGGGAAGGUGCGUGUGAAGCUAGACCACGAUGGAGCCAUCCUGGAUGUGGAUGAAGAUGACAUAGAGAAGGCUAAUGCUCCCUCAUGUGACCGGCUAGAAGAUCUAGCCUCACUGGUGUACCUCAACGAGUCUAGCGUCCUGCACACACUGCGCCAGCGCUAUGGGGCUAGCCUGCUACACACUUAUGCUGGCACUAGCUUGCUUGUCCUCAGCCCGAGAGGGGCCCCUGCUGUGUACUCAGAAAAGGUGAUGCACAUGUUCAAGGGGUGUCGGCGGGAGGACAUGGCACCCCACAUCUACGCCGUGGCCCAAACUGCAUAUAGGGCAAUGUUGAUGAGCCGCCAGGACCAGUCCAUUGUCCUUCUGGGUAGUAGUGGCAGUGGCAAGACUACCAGCUUCCAGCAUCUAGUGCAAUAUCUGGCCACCAUUGCUGGCACCAGCGGGAGCAAGGUGUUUUCUGUGGAGAAGUGGCAGGCCCUGUACACCCUCCUGGAAGCCUUCGGGAACAGCCCUACCAUCAUGAAUGGCAGUGCCACCCGCUUCUCCCAGAUUCUCUCCCUGGACUUUGACCAAGCUGGCCAGGUGGCCUCAGCCUCCAUUCAGACGAUGCUCUUGGAGAAGCUGCGUGUGGCCCGACGCCCAGCCAGCGAGGCCACUUUCAAUGUCUUCUACUACCUGCUGGCCUGUGGUGAUAGCACCCUCAGGACAGAGCUCCACCUGAACCACUUGGCAGAGAACAAUGUGUUUGGAAUUGUGCCGUUGGCCAAGCCUGAGGAGAAGCAGAAAGCUGCUCAGCAGUUCAGUAAGCUACAGACGGCCAUGAAGGUGCUGGCCAUCUCCCCUGAGGAACAGAAGGCCUGCUGGCUCAUCCUGGCUUCCAUCUACCACCUGGGGGCUGCCGGAGCUACCAAAGAGCCCCUUGAGGAGCAAGCUGAAGCUGCUGAAGCUGGACGUAAGCAGUUUGCCCGCCAUGAGUGGGCCCAGAAAGCCGCAUAUCUGCUGGGCUGCAGCCUUGAAGAGCUAUCCUCAGCUAUCUUUAAGCAUCAACUUAAAGGUGGUACCCUGCAACGUUCCACCUCCUUCCGUCAGGGCCCUGAGGAGAGCGGCCUGGGAGAUGGCACAGGUCCUAAACUGAGUGCUAUGGAGUGCUUAGAGGGCAUGGCAUCUGGCCUCUACAGCGAGCUCUUUACCCUCCUCAUCUCUCUGGUAAACAGGGCUCUCAAGUCCAGCCAGCACUCGCUCUGUUCCAUGAUGAUUGUGGAUACACCAGGCUUCCAGAACCCUGAGCGGGGUGGGUCAGCCCGUGGAGCCUCCUUCGAGGAACUGUGUCACAACUAUGCCCAAGACAGGCUGCAGAGGCUGUUUCAUGAGCGUACCUUCCUGCAGGAGUUGGAAAGAUACAAGGAGGAGAACAUCGAACUGGCAUUUGAAGACUUGGAGCCGGCCACAGACGACUCAGUGGCUGCUGUGGACCAAGCUUCCCACCAGUCCCUGGUCCGCUCGCUGGCCCAUGCUGAUGAGGCAAGGGGGCUACUAUGGCUGCUGGAAGAGGAGGCACUGGUGCCGGGUGCCACCGAGGAUACUCUCCUCGACCGUCUUUUCUCCUAUUACGGCCCCCAGGAAGGAGACAAAAAAGGCCAGAGCCCUCUUCUGCGCAGCAGCAAACCACGGCACUUUCUCCUGGGCCACAGCCAUGGUACCAACUGGGUGGAGUACAAUGUGUCUGGCUGGCUGAACUAUACCAAGCAGAACCCAGCUACCCAGAAUGCAUCCCGGCUCCUGCAGGAUUCCCAGAAAAAGAUCAUCAGCAACUUGUUUCUAGGCCGGGCAGGCAGUGCCACGGUGCUCUCAGGCUCUAUCGCGGGUCUGGAGGGCGGCUCCCAGCUGGCCUUGCGCCGGGCGACUAGCAUGAGGAAAACCUUUACCACUGGCAUGGCAGCUGUCAAGAAGAAGUCUCUGUGCAUACAGAUUAAGCUGCAAGUGGAUGCCCUCAUUGACACCAUAAAGAGGUCCAAGAUGCACUUUGUGCACUGCUUCCUGCCUGUGGCUGAGGGCUGGCCUGGAGAACCCAGGUCUGCCUCUUCCCGCCGAGUUAGCAGCAGCAGUGAGCUGGACCUGCCCCCGGGAGACCCCUGUGAGGCUGGGCUGCUGCAGCUGGAUGUGUCCCUGCUCCGUGCCCAGCUUCGGGGAUCCCGCCUGCUUGAUGCAAUGCGCAUGUACCGCCAAGGUUACCCAGACCACAUGGUGUUUUCUGAGUUCCGCCGUCGCUUUGAUGUCCUGGCUCCACACCUGACCAAGAAACAUGGGCGCAACUACAUAGUGAUGGAUGAGAAGCGGGCUGUGGAGGAACUCCUAGAGUCACUGGACCUGGAAAAGAGCAGCUGCUGCAUGGGCCUGAGUCGGGUGUUCUUCCGGGCAGGCACGUUGGCACGGCUGGAAGAGCAGCGAGAUGAGCAAACCAGCAGACACCUGACCCUGUUCCAAGCGGCCUGUAGGGGCUACCUCGCCCGCCAGCAUUUCAAGAAGAGAAAGAUCCAGGACCUGGCCAUCCGCUGUGUGCAGAAGAACAUCAAGAAGAACAAAGGGGUGAAGGACUGGCCCUGGUGGAAGCUCUUCACCACCGUGCGGCCCCUCAUCCAAGUUCAGCUGUCAGAAGAACAGAUCCGCAACAAAGACGAGGAGAUCCAGCAGCUGCGCAGCAAGCUCGAGAAGGUGGAGAAAGAAAGGAACGAGCUUCGGCUCAACAGUGACCGACUGGAGACCCGGAUCUCAGAGCUGACAUCGGAGCUGACUGAUGAGCGGAACACAGGAGAGUCCGCCUCCCAGCUGCUGGACGCAGAGACAGCCGAGAGGCUUCGGGCUGAGAAGGAAAUGAAAGAGCUACAGACCCAGUAUGAUGCGCUGAAGAAGCAAAUGGAAGUUAUGGAGAUGGAGGUGAUGGAGGCCCGGCUCAUCCGGGCAGCGGAGAUCAAUGGGGACGUGGAGGAUGAUGAUGCAGGGGGAGAGUGGCGGCUGAAGUAUGAGCGUGCUGUUCGUGAGGUGGACUUCACCAAGAAGCGGCUCCAGCAGGAGUUAGAAGACAAGAUGGAGGUGGAGCAGCAGAGCCGGAGGCAGCUGGAGAGGCGGCUUGGGGACCUGCAAGCAGAUAGUGACGAGAGUCAGCGGACACUCCAGCAACUCAAGAAGAAGUGUCAGCGGCUCACAGCUGAGCUGCAGGACACCAAGCUGCACCUGGAGGGCCAGCAAGUCCGAAACCAUGAGCUGGAGAAGAAGCAGAGGAGGUUUGACAGUGAGCUUUCCCAGGCACAGGAGGAGACCCAGCGGGAGAAGCUGCAGAGGGAGAAACUUCAGCGGGAGAAGGACAUGCUCCUGGCUGAGGCCUUCGGCUUGAAGCAGCAGCUGGAGGAAAAAGACAUGGACAUUGCAGGGUUUACCCAGAAGGUUGUCUCCUUGGAGGCUGAGCUCCAGGACAUUUCUUCUCAAGAGUCCAAGGAUGAGGCUUCUCUGGCCAAGGUCAAGAAGCAGCUCCGGGACUUGGAGGCCAAGGUCAAGGAUCAGGAAGAGGAGCUCGAUGAACAGGCGGGGAGCAUACAGAUGCUGGAGCAGGCCAAGCUGCGUCUGGAGAUGGAGAUGGAGAGGAUGAGACAGACCCAUUCCAAGGAGAUGGAGAGUCGGGAUGAGGAGAUAGAGGAGGCCCGGCAGUCGUGUCAGAAGAAGCUAAAACAGAUGGAAGUGCAGCUUGAGGAGGAGUAUGAAGACAAGCAGAAGGCACUGCGGGAGAAGCGGGAGCUGGAGAGCAAGCUCUCCACACUCAGUGACCAGGUGAACCAGCGGGACUAUGAAUCAGAAAAGAGGUUGCGCAAAGACCUGAAGCGUACCAAGGCGCUGCUGGCAGAUGCCCAGAUCAUGUUGGACCACUUAAAGAACAACGCCCCCAGCAAGAGGGAGAUUGCCCAGCUGAAGAACCAGCUGGAAGAGUCGGAGUUCACCUGUGCAGCAGCUGUAAAAGCACGGAAAGCGAUGGAGGUAGAGAUGGAAGACCUGCACCUGCAGAUCGAUGACAUCGCCAAAGCCAAGACAGCGUUGGAGGAGCAACUGAGUCGCCUGCAGCGUGAGAAAAAUGAGAUCCAGAACCGGCUGGAAGAGGAUCAGGAAGACAUGAAUGAGCUGAUGAAGAAACACAAGGCAGCCGUGGCCCAGGCCUCCCGGGACAUGGUACAGAUGAAUGAUCUCCAGACUCAGCUAGAAGAAUCCAACAAGGAGAAGCAGGAGCUACAGGAGAAGCUACAAGCCCUGCAGAGCCAGGUGGAGUUCCUGGAGCAGUCCAUGGUGGACAAGUCCCUCGUCAGCAGGCAAGAAGCGAAGAUCAGGGAGCUGGAAACGCGCCUGGAGUUCGAGAAGACCCAAGUGAAGCGUCUGGAGAGCCUGGCCAGUCGGCUCAAGGAAAACAUGGAGAAACUGACUGAGGACCGGGACCAGCGUGCUGCAGCUGAGAACCGUGAGAAGGAGCAGAACAAGAGGCUCCAGCGACAGCUCCGUGACACCAAGGAAGAGAUGAGUGAGCUUGCCAGAAAGGAGGCCGAGGCCAGCCGCAAGAAGCAUGAGCUGGAGAUGGACCUGGAGAGUCUGGAAGCUGCUAACCAAAGCCUGCAGGCCGACCUAAAGCUGGCGUUCAAGCGCAUUGGGGACUUGCAAGCCGCCAUUGAGGAUGAGAUGGAGAGCGAUGAGAAUGAGGACCUUAUCAACAGUUUGCAGGACAUGGUGACAAAAUAUCAGAAAAGAAAGAAUAAACUUGAGGGGGACUCUGAUGUGGACUCAGAGCUGGAGGACCGGGUCGACGGGGUCAAGUCUUGGUUGUCAAAGAACAAGGGACCUUCCAAGGCAGCUUCUGACGAUGGCAGCUUGAAGAGUUCCAGGACGGCUCUCAACAGCCUCCCUAAGGAGGGCAAGGGGCCAGAGGAGAGACCCGCCUCUGCGCUCAGCUCCCUCAGCUACCGCAAGAGGCUCACCCUGAAAGACUCCAUCGGGGGCACUGGGGACCAGGAGUCACUCCUCAGCACCCUGAGUGAGCGUGCCACCUCCCCUGAAAGGCCCUCCAGGAAGGCCCGUGUGGGCCCCAGGGAGGAACCUGACCAGGCACAGGGCAGGAGGUGUGAGGAACAAGAUGACGGCAGCUCCAUCUUCUCUGGGGCUGCGAGCCGUACUGGCCGUGGUCUGGAGAAGCGCUGGGGCUCAGACUUUGACAGAGCCUCGACUGUCUCUGCCCCAGUCAGCCGGGCCUCCUCAGCCACGCGUGGCUCUGGGGAGGAUCGGGCUCGCUCCUCGAUGAGCUUCUCACUGUCAGGCUCACCCAGCUCCCGCCGCAGCACAUCCAGGCUCGACAGCCUGUCAAGGACCCUAAGCCCUUCCUGGAACAGGGCCUCAGUCCUGGACCGGGAGAGCCCUGACUCCCGGCUGUCCCUUGGCCAGAGCUGCCUGGAUGAGUGGGAUGAUGGAGCCAGCGUGGUCCUCAGUGAGGCACACUCACAAUUCAGCCACCCGUCACUGGCCCGGAGUCUGUCUGUGCCACCCCAGCCACGGGGCUCUGCCUCAGCCUCAGCCUCCGUCACCGAGGGCUCAAGCAUCCGACCAGUUAGCCGCCACUCCUACCUGGAUCCAGACCUGGAAGCUGCCAUUAACGAGGUCUUGAGCUACAAACCUGUGCCGUUCCAGCGGAGCAGCCUGGAGCCAGACUCUGAGGAUGACGACCGGAAGAGCAUCCAGAGUGCCCGUAGUGCACAGCUGGAUUGCCCAGAAAGGGGCACCAGCAUCCGCCGCUCUGCCUCUGCCGUGGAUGUCUCUGGGUCGCGCAGUGGCCGCAAAAGUCGGAGCAAGCGUAGGAGCAAGCGGGCCAGCCCCAGCUCCAGCUCCAGCUCCAGCCCGAGCUCCAGCUCGGAAGGUUCCUCCGAGCACAAGCGGCGGAAGAAAGGGCGCUCUAGGAAGAGCAAGAAGAAAUCCAAGUCAAGAAGAAAGAAAACAGAGAGUGAGUCUGAAUCCUCCUCAUCCUCAUCCAGUGGCUCGACAGUCUCAGGCCACAGCCGCUCCAGUGUGAAAAGGGGCCCAACCACAGACAUCGAGGAAACCGGGCAAGCGCCAAGACGGUCAAAGAAGGAAGAGAAGCAGCGAAAGAAAGAGGUCGACAGUCUGAUGAUGCGGUACCUGUACCGGCCAGAGAGUGACUAGCACACCCAACCAGCCACUGGAAGUCCCUCGCCCCUGAUCCAUCAGAUGAUGAGCGAGAUCCUGCGGACAGCACCUCCAGACCCCGAUUCUCCCACAACUAUUUGAGUGACAGCGACACAGAGGCCAAGCCGACAGAGACCAG